GCGCGCAUCUCCGACGCGCCUUCUCGUCGACUCCACCCCUCGAGAUUCGAGAUAGAAUGGAUUGAUUCGGCGUUAAAGCUGCCCCUUCGCUACAGGCUCCGAAAAUCGCAUCCGGAUCUGGCUUCUUUGGGCUGACAAGGCUGCUACGCACACCGACUGCCCGGUAUUCUCUCGUCGUUUGCAGGUCCUGAUACAUGUACGGCACUUGGGAGAGGGUGACCCUCGUCGCGUCCGCUUGACCCUCCUCCUUGCUGCCUCGCGCGUGCGCACCACGCAGGAUUCAAGAUGGCGGCAGACGGGAGCCCGAUGCUGUUCGAUGGCUGCAGAAUUGCAUUUGUGCCUAGCAGGUCGCUAUCAAUGGCCACCAUCGCCGAGGCAUCCAACAUAGUUACCAAAUAUGGCGGCGAGGUCCUCGAGCCGGAAGAUGACGGUAGGGUGGCCAUACACGAGGCCACCCACAUCAUCGCCAACACCAUCGACUUUGAGGAAUACGAACAGGUCCAUGACCGCAUGGUCCCCGUCGUCGCCAGCAGCUGGAUCGGCCACAGCCUGCACAAGAAGAAGCUUGCCGUCCUACGCCCGCACUCGCCCGACCCCCGAUUCAUAUUCCACUCCGUCAACGUCACAUGCGCCGACAUCCCCCCGAGCGACAAGGAAUCCAUCAUUGGCGCGACCCUGGCCUUGGGAGGAUCCGAAUCAAAAGACCUCACCAGACUGACCACCCACAUAUGCGCCCUCACCCUCGACCACCCCAAGUGCGUACAGGCCCUGGCCAAGAAGCACAAGUGCAAAAUAGUUCUGCCGCACUGGUUCGACGACUGCUUCAAGCUCGGCAAGAAGAUCGACGAGAGCCCUUACCUCCUGCCAGACCCAGAAAUCCUCAAAACCGAUAUGGAUGCAAGGAGGGUCGGUAUGCUCUUCCCUCAACACCUGGAAGGGGCCUCGAGUAAUAUCCCGUCGACGACACCGGAAGAACCGAAGGGCCGGUCAUUGACAGUCUUCGGUCAUAAGAAGGUCAUGCUGGGCGGCGACCUCCCGGUUAGCGAUCGUUUUCUUGAAAUCCUCCGCGGCACCAUCGACAGAGGAGGCGGAAAGCUGGUCGACAACGUGAACGAGUGCGACAUGUUUGUCUGUCACUAUCGAGAUGGAGAAGAUUAUGUUCGCGCCUCACAGAAGGGGAUAUCGGUCGGAAACCUGUCUUGGCUGCUGUACAUGAUUACGCUGGACCAGUGGUCCUCGCCGCUGGGAAAGCUCCUCCACUAUCCAAUCCCGCGGAAUGGCAUCCCCGGCUUUGAGGGGCUCAAAAUCACCGUCUCAAACUACGCAGGCGAAGCUCGCGCGUAUCUUGAGAACCUGGUCAAGGCGUGCGGAGCCGAGUACACCAAGACUAUGAAGCAAGACAACACCCACCUCAUCACAGCUCGCGCCAACAGCGAGAAGUGCGAGGCUGCCCUGGAUUGGAACGUGACAAUGGUAAACCACUUGUGGAUCGAAGAAAGCUACGCUAAGUGCGAGCUCCUGAAGCCUACCAGGACACCCUCAUAUACACACUUCCCCCCAAGGACAGACCUGUCCGAGGUCAUCGGCCAAACCCGCUUCCAGGAGCACACCUUGCGCGAGCUUUAUUACCCUGGAGGCGACGUGCAAGACAGCGAGGCAGCUCCAACGGAUUCGGACGAGCCCAUGCCAGACGCCGAGACCUCUGUCCCACCAGGGGACGGGGAGCAGCUGGAGUCAGAGGAUGAUGAUACAGAUGCCGGGAGGGAGUCCUCAACCGCAGCCGAGCCUAGGAGCUCCCAGACAGCCGCAGGCAAGAAAGCCGGGGCAAAAACUCCAAAAGCACCACCCUUGAAGAAGGCCGCGGCCAACAAGGCUGCAUUCGCGACGCCUGCUAGGCCCAGCCGUCACGCGGGUGUCGGCAAGGAGAAUGAGACGCCGACGCCAAGACCAAGUACAGGCCGGAGUGCCAAGGACAAGGCCCUGAACAAGCUCCACGGUCUCGCCCCGGACAUUGCCCUAUACGAGAAGGAGAAGAAGCGCACGAAAGACAACCAAACGCCCUUCGGUGGGAAGCGCGCACUAACGGCGCUCGAAAAGCGCAAGGCCGAAGCGGAGGCUGCCGAGAAGGAGAAGGAGGAUGUACAGGACGAUUCAGAGCGUCCCACAAAGAGGGCACGACCGUCACAGCCGCCUGUACAGUACCGCAUCAUGAUAACGGGCUGGACGAGGUGGAUCGACACGGGUGACAAGACCAAGGGCGGGGCGCUACAGGAGGACAAAGAGCGGCGUAAACUCCGACAAAUGGGGAUCCAGAUCGUGCAAGAAGGGCAGCCGUGUGAUUAUCUGGCUGCUCCCAAAGUUGUGCGGACGCAAAAGUUCCUGACAACGCUGGCCCGAGGGCCAGACCUGAUCAACGUCGACUUCCUCACUCAAGCGCUGGAGACGGGUGAACUGCCGAACAUUGAAGAGUACGCACUCAAGGACCCGACACACCCGGAGAUCCUCAAGUUCGUGGCCAGGGCCCGGCAGAACAAGGGAAAGCUCCUCUGGGGCGUUCCCGUAUACUGCACAGCCGAGGUGCCGCACGGGCCGUCAGCGUUCAAGGCCAUCGCCGAGGCCAACGGGGCCAUAUUCAAGGUCUACCGCGCCCGGAGUGGCUCGACAAUCCGGCCGACCACGGCCGAGGAGGACGGCGGCGCGCCUCCGGACCCCGUGUAUCUCGUGAGCGGCGAGAGUGCGGCCGAGAAACAGCUGUGGGCCAAGUUUUCCGAAAUGGCUCGGCAGGGCCAUAUGGAACCUCGCGUCGUGGGACCCGACUGGCUGCUCGACGUUGCCAUGCGCCAAAAGCUGGAUUUCCAGGAGGGGCAUCUGCUGAUGUAGCGUCAUGGCACCACCGCCGACGGCUUUCGGCUGAUGACGAUUCGAUAUCCCCUCCUUCCACCCCAUUUUUGGAUGCCUUUUCUUUCUGUGGCCAUGUGAUGCGUCGUUUGCACAUGCGCCUUUCAGAGGAGUAACAAGUGGCGUUGCCGGUGUAUUAUUUAAUGGGGCGACCUGCGGCCAAUGCCAUGUGAUCAUGGGGGCCUUUUGUUAUGUUUUUAGACGCAUGGGGUCGUUUGGUGCACCGCUCGGUGUGGCUUCCAGGGGCGCUGGUUUGUGUUUGGCAUGUUUUGGGCCAUGUCGCCGGCAUGGCAAAGCGCACACCAUAGCUGUAAAUAAUUUGAUGCCCAUCAAAGUGUCAGAAGAACUUGACACCUUGAGAGUCUUCCUGGCCGAAUAUCUGCGCCUUGCCCC